AUGGCUAUCAAUCAGUGGGACAAUUAUGGAAACAUAAGUAGGUUAUUCAUUCAUUUAUUUAUUUACUUGUUUAUUUAAAGAACAUCGUAACUCGCUGCUAGUUUCGAUAUCGAUUCCCUUUUUCUCUUUUUUUACAACCCCAGCAGAAAAUUUCCUUCCACAAUGCCAGUUCGCGUCGGUAUUUCCCAAGGGCGAAAAAAGUUUCUGUGUUAUUUAAAUAAAUUUGCUGUGCUCGAUCAUCUAUAAACUGAUUCACAUUCAUCCUAAAACAGGUACAUAUACAUUGGUUUAAUAUACCCACGUAGCACUCAAAUCCGUUCGACUUUUAUUAGGUGGUCUUCCGCGCGUUACAAAAUUAAUUUGAUUUUCAGUUCGAGUUUUUUGCCUCAACAUGAUUUUCUGUUAGAAACGAAGAGAAAUGAAGAGGUAGGUGUAAUAGUUGCAGCGUAAAAGAAGGAAAUUGUCUGCUUUCAUGGUAGGAUUUUUUCUUGCUAUGUAGCAUGUAGUUUUAAAGGCAAAGCAUCACACCUGCCGUGUAUUGGCAAUGGGGAAGAGGCUAUCGAGUCCCGCGGUCUGGAUAAGGUAAAUAUUGAUAAAGUUUAAGUUCAUGAUGAGCGGAACUGCCUUAAACUACCUUAGGUUGAAAAUAGCAUGAAUAGGAAGUGUUACCAAAAUUAUUAAGAAACGGCAUAAGAAAUCUAUCCUGAUUCUCAGACGUCUGAGGUCGAAGCGAAAGGAUCGCGAUCGACCUAGACGCGUCUCAGCCUCUAUCAGAAAUCAAUUAUCAAUCGUUUAUAACAGGCUGGUCUUUCUAUAAAUUGCUAAAGUACUUGAAAACUUUUUUGAAGAGUCUUUGACAAAAUGAGAAGAAUCGGAAGAAAUUAUCCUCUGAAGCUGUGAAAAGGCGCCAGUGUCACAUUUAACGAUGAAGUUAAAAAAACACCUCGAUAAUGAAUUGAUGUCACUUUUAUUUUUUAUUUUAUUUGAUUAAAAAAUUGCUUUUUGCAAUGGCAAGGUGGAUGUGUCAGCAGUUUGAUGGGAGAGAUGUUUUGAGGGUGUGAAAAUUGAAAAGAAAUGGCUCAAAUGUGGUUAUGUUCCUAUUUGUGCUCAACUUGAAUAAGUGGAGCAGCAGUUGUCAACUUUAACUAUGUCGCUCAUAAAACCUCUCCGAUAAUACACGUAAUAAUUAACAUUUCUGCCACUUUUUAUUUUUGUUUUUAUUUUUGCUCGGCAGGAUCAUCUACUUAUUGACAUCUGUGGUCUGUUGGCUUUGAUUAUCGCCUUUCGCAUAAUAGCAUUCCUCACUUUGUUAAGAAGCACUUACAGAAAACCGUAAAGCAGUGAAAGAAAUCUCCUAUACUUCAGCUUGGACGGGCAAAGAGAAAAGCCACUUCACGUUGCGAACUGCUGCUUCAGAGCACUUUUUGUUAUUUUUUAUCGCGAAGUGGGAACAUCGUAGCGCAACAUAUCAAGAAGAAAAUCUGAACUGUACAGUACCGCAAAUGAUCCCGAGACCGC